AUGGCAGCAAAAUCCGAUGGCGUGGGGGUCGUUACCGGUUUCGCCCAGCUGCACAACCUGGACGAGGCGGUCGGCGACGAGGAUGCGCUGGACAGCGCGGCUAUACACAUCUGCCACUGCUGCAACUCGUCGUCGUGCUACUGGGGCUGCAGGAGCGCGUGUCUGCAGUCGCUGCUGGGAGACAGGGAUGCUGCUGCUGCUGCUGGAGGAGGAGGAGGAGGAGGAUACAGGCGGCCGCAGCAUCAGCACCAGCCGGAGGAGCGCCUGUGGCUGGACUGCCUCUGGAUCGUCCUCGCGCUGCUCGUCUUCUUCUGGGACGUCGGCACGGACUUGUGGCUGGCUUUGGACUACUACUCUAAACGGGACUAUCUGUGGUUCGGGCUCACGCUGUUCUUCGUGCUGGUGCCGUCGGUGCUGGUCCAGAUCCUGAGCUUCAGGUGGUUCGUCCAGGAUUACGCCGGCGGCGGGCUCGGGGCCGUGGAGGGGCUCAGCAGAAAAGCCACGGCGGAUCUGAGCUCGCGCAUCUACGGCAGGGACAGGUGCUGUGUGAUCUACAUUUGGAUCUGGUAUGCUUGCGUGCACAUCCUUCAGAUGGGACAAGUGUGGAGGUAUAUCCGCACAAUGUACCUGGGCAUCCAGAGUCGACGGCAGAAGGAACACAGUCGGCGCUUCUACUGGGCGAUGAUGUACGAGUAUGCUGACGUCAACAUGCUCCGGCUGCUGGAGACGUUUCUAGAGAGUGCCCCCCAACUGGUGCUACAACUCUGUAUAAUGAUCCAGAAGAACCGGGCCGAGACACUGCAGUGUGUCUCCUCCGUUGCCUCCCUACUCUCGCUGGCCUGGGUCCUAGCUUCAUACCACAAGCUCCUGCGCGACUCCAGAGACGACAAAAAGAGCAUGAGCUACAGAGGCGCGCUGAUCCACAUCUUCUGGAGGCUUUUCACCAUAUCCUCACGGGUGCUCUCCUUCGCCCUCUUCGCUUCCAUCUUCCACAUCUACUUCGGCAUCUUCGUGGUCGUGCACUGGUGUGCCAUGGCGUUCUGGAUCGUGCACGGCGGCACGGAUUAUUGCAUGUCCAAAUGGGAAGAGGUGCUCUUCAACAUGGUGGUGGGCAUCGUCUACAUCUUCUGCUGGUUCAACGUGAAGGAGGGCCGAACCCGGUUCCGCAUGGUGAUCUACUACUUCGUGGUGCUUGCCGAGAAUACGGUGCUUACUUGCCUGUGGUACGCCUACCGAGACCCGGUCACCACCGACUCCUAUGCAGUGCCGGUGCUCUGCGGGGUUUACCUGACCUUCGCCUCAGGGGUGGUUUUCAUGGGCAUCUACUAUGGGUUCCUUCAUCCGAUGGGACCUAAAAUAAGGGUGCUAGCUAGCUCCUGUUGUGCCGAGCUUCUUUGGGGACUUCCAUUCCCCCCGGAGGCCGAGCCCAUGGUGCCCACCUCUGGACCGCGAGCGUCCCAACCCACUCCCAGCCGGGCUUCCAUGGGGGCCUUUGGCCAGCAGGACGACGCCUCGGCAGACACCUGCCUGCCCGUGUUUCAGGUGCGCUCGCCCGAGCCCACCACUCCCUUGGGCCGCUACCGGCCAGAGGGACCUCUGAUAAAGAUCGACAUGCCCAGGAAACGCUACCCGGCCUGGGAUGCGCACUUCGUGGACAGGCGCUUGCGAAGGACGAUAAACAUCCUGCAGUUUAUCACGCCCGCCACCGCCGGGAUCAGGUACAGGGAUGGACCGCUGCUGUACGAGCUCCUGCAGUACGAGUCGUCCCUGUGACGUCUGCCACGUUUCGCGAAAUGCAUGCCAUUUUGGUUUCCGUAUAAAUGCGUACUUGUGUGUAAAAGAGUGUAAGCAUCAAGCA